AUGAAGCACUCUCUUGAGCGCUUUGCUGUGUCUCUGGGUUUGUCUUGGCAGCUCGUGUAUUUGGCCGUGGUGGUGGUGGUGGUGGAAGCCAGUGUUGUGGAUGACUUCAACCACGUUGAACGCUGCAAAGACUACCUGUACAUGGGCACCCCACCCCGAGGCUAUCUCAGCAGAAGCCUGAAGAAAAUCUGCCAGCGAUACGAGGACAGGCCACACUUUGUGACUUUGUACGACCCCAAGAGGCAUAUCCCUAUUUACUCCGCGUACACCUUCAAGAAAUCCGACGGGGACAAGCGAGUAGAUUUCCCCUGGAUGUUUGAACCCCAGCUAGCAUCUGAGAAAGGCGGCAGUAACAUGGAACCCUUCCCCCAGUCAUCUCUCAUGCACAGGAACUUUGAGGACACACAGGCCGUGCUGGAGGAUUACACUGACGUGGUCCAGUACGAGCGAGGCCUCCUGUGCCCCGACGAGCAUCAGUCCGACCCCACAGACAAGGCCGCCACUUACACCCUGACCAACGUGGUGCCACAGAUCCGCGAGUUCAGCAUAGGGCCGUGGGCCGAACACAAGGAGCUGAUCCGCAAGCGACUAAACAACUACUGCCGGGGCACGGCCUUCAUGAUCUCGGGGGUCACCACGGCGGGCAACAUGAUCCGGCGUGACAACACAGACCGCGUGGCUAUUCCUGAGUACAUGUGGACAGCCUACUGCUGCACCGACUUCGACCAUAACGCACCCUACUCUGAGCGUUACAAGUUUCCCGUCUUCGGCGCCUACGCCUUGAAUGACCGCGUCAGCAACCAUGUGGUGGAGGUUCCCAUAAAGAACCUUGAGAAGUUCCUCAAGGGUAGGAUGGAAGUGGACAAGAACUUCCAGAUUUUCUACAAUGACUGUGUACCUGAUGCUUGA